AUGUUUCCUGAGUUUAUUUUGUGCCUUUUUGUAGUAUACAUCGCAAGCGUAACCAAGGGUGUAGGUGUUACAAUCUCUGGAAGGACCGUGAGCCGUUUUAACAGAGCUAUACAGAACAAACGCUCCAGAUUCAAACAUUUACAAGCUAUAUUUGGUACAAAUACUCACUUUGGAUUUUUAUACCAGAUAUCGGCGAACCGUGGUACGAUUUUAACAACUAGACCAAAAUAUAGCAAAAGUCUUCCAAUGUCAAACGAGAAUAUAGUUUCAAAUACCCUUCAACAUGUAAAGGAGAUACCAAAAACAAACUUGAUUAUGACGGUAUCGUAUGAUGGGACGGACUAUUCCGGGUUCGUAGGUCCAAUGUUGUUUCUAAAGGAUUAUGGAAUUGACACUAAAGAUCACCCCGCAAAUAUUAGCAGUGUUAGCAAUGAAUUAUUAAGAGCAAUGACAACAGUACAUGGUUAUUUUGGGAAAAGGAAGAGAGUAAAGCGGAAUAAUUCCACAGAAAUACAGGCGACAAAUGUUGAUGCUAAAUCUAAUGAAACGGAUCAAUCUUUAGAAAAAGAAACCCCAAAACAUUGUAGUAUAGAAGAAUACAGUGCGGAAGAAUUUGAGAGGCGUUUUUCGCUUAUAACAUCGAGCAGAACAGACAAGGGUGUUCAUUCACUUGACACUACAUGUCAAUAUUUAUCCUUCGACAGAAAUCUCCCAUUCGAAGACUUGGACUACGUUCAUGAUAUGCUGAAUAACUUGUUACCAAAGGACAUAAAAGUGACAUCUGUGAUAAAAUCGCCAACAGACGAGUUUCAUGUGCGUCAUCACAACCUUGGCAAGCUUUAUACAUAUAAAGUCGACCUUUCUCCGUUACCAUCGAUAUUUGAGCGAAAAUACUAUUGGCAAAUAAUGGCUGACAAACACUUCCGAAGCACACUCUUAAAUAAAUAUAAGAACCUAAAGGCACCUUUCUGUCUUAAAAAACUGCGUGAAACCGCAGAUAUUUUCGAAGGUACCCACAGUUUUCAGGCUUUUAGAAGAACCAGCAGGGGAAACGAACGCAAUAAUAUAAUAGAUCCGAUUUGCACAAUAUAUCGCAUUGAUGUUGAUUCUAAAGAUUGUGGUGAUAUCAAAAGGCUAGAAAUAAGUAUUAGGGGCAACAGAUUCUUAUACAAAAUGGUUAGGUGUAUAACAAGCCACCUGAUAUUGGCUGGAUUUGGUGUAUUAGAUACAAAAGAUAUUAAAAAUGCGUUAGAUACUGGAAUCGAAAUUCCGAAUAUACCAAGUGCACCAGGUCAUGGAUUAUACUUAAAAAAUGUGUUCUUUGAGGAAGAAGUACAAAAUAAAAUAAAUGAAGCCAAAGAAAGGUAUAUUAAAAGGUUGAAUAAAAUUCUCAACUAA